AUUGAUGGUGUGUCGUCAGGUGAAGAAAAAUAAAAUGGAUAAAAAACGUCGUAAUGCCAAAGUAUCUCAAAGACAUCAAGAUGUUAUGUGCGAUUUUAUCGCAAUGAAUAAAAAAAUGCAGGUUAAGGGUGAUACUUUAACCGAUUGGCAAGACUUGUCAGAUAUAAUAAAUGAAAUUCCUGGAGGAGCUAGGAAACCUGCUGAACAAUGGCGAAGGAGCUUUAUUGAAUGGAAAAGCAAAACAAAAAAGAAAGCAAGGGACAUUACUAUAUCACAGAAUAAAACUGGAGGAGGACCUGGUUAUGUAGAAUUAACCGAUAUAGAAAAAAAAACUGAUAUCAGUAUGUGGGAAGGUAUCAGUUUUAGGUGAUAGUGAUGUUCCUGAGGGUAGAUUAGAUAAUAAUCACAAUGAGGAGGUAGAUUUGUGGGAGAAAGUACCUAAUCUAACAGAAAGUAUUGAAAUAAAUGAUAAUUUAGAACCCAUAUAACAAGUGGAAACAAUCGUUAUAAUUAACGAAAAUAUAGAGGCAGAAACUCCUGCAAAUAUUAAUCAAAGAGUAA